AAUGUGAUAGUCGCUUAGUAGGACAAAAACAGAGCAACUCUCACUCUCAGAGAAAAACAGGGUACUCUGUUUCUCUCUGCUUAUCUUUUUCCACACCCUUCACUUCAGCUUCACUCCUUCGACCAAGAUUCUCCAAUGGCGGCCAAGAACAGCACCACAGACGCCGAAAAGGCGUCGAACGGAGAAGUUCACGAGGAUCGGUGUCCGGUGGAGGAGGUUGCUCUGGUGGUGCCGGAAACCGACGACCCAUCACUGCCGGUGAUGACUUUCCGAGCAUGGUUUCUGGGAAUAAUCUCUUGCGUGCUCCUCAUCUUUCUCAACACCUUCUUCACCUACAGGACUCAGCCACUCACCAUCUCCGCCAUUCUCAUGCAAAUUGCUGUUCUUCCCAUUGGAAGGUUCAUGGCUGCAACUCUUCCCACCAAGGAGUACACUCUUCUUGGAUGGCGCUUCAGCUUGAAUCCUGGGCCUUUCAACAUGAAGGAGCAUGUCAUCAUCACCAUCUUCGCUAACUGUGGCGUUUCCUUCGGAGGGGGUGAUGCUUACUCCAUUGGUGCCAUUACUGUUAUGAAAGCUUAUUAUAAACAGAGCCUUAGCUUUCUCUGCGCCCUUUUCAUCGUCUUAACUACACAGAUAUUGGGAUAUGGAUGGGCUGGGCUUCUUAGGAGGUAUCUGGUUGAUCCCGUUGAAAUGUGGUGGCCAUCAAACCUGGCUCAAGUGUCUCUCUUUAGGGCACUCCAUGAAAAGGAGCCCAAAUCAAAAGGAUUAACGAGGAUGCAGUUUUUCCUCAUUGCCAUGGGUCUAAGCUUCUUGUACUAUGCACUCCCUGGCUAUUUGUUCACCAUCUUAACAUUCUUUUCAUGGGUCUGCUGGGCAUGGCCACAUAGUAUCACAGCACAGCAAAUUGGAUCAGGUUAUCAUGGACUUGGGAUUGGUGCCUUCACAAUUGAUUGGGCAGGGAUUUCAGCUUAUCAUGGGAGUCCCCUUGUUGCACCAUGGUCUUCCAUUGUUAAUGUGGGAAUUGGAUUUAUCAUGUUCAUCUACAUAAUUGUACCUGUGUGUUACUGGAAGUUUAACACUUUUGAUGCCCGGAAGUUUCCUAUAUUUUCUAACCAAUUGUUCACGUCAAGUGGACAUAAAUACGACACCACCAAGAUUUUAACCCCAGAGUAUGAUCUUAAUAUUGAUGCAUACAACAAAUACGGCAAGCUUUACCUUAGUCCUUUGUUUGCAUUAUCUAUUGGAUCAGGUUUUGCAAGGUUUACGGCAACCCUCACUCAUGUAGCACUGUUUCACGGCAGAGACAUAUUGAGACAGAGCAGGUUAGCAAUGAAUAAUGCGAAAUUGGAUGUCCAUGGUAGACUCAUGAAUGCUUAUAAGCAAGUACCUGAAUGGUGGUUCCUCGUUUUAUUGUUUGGGAGCAUGGCACUAUCCCUAGUAAUGGCUUUUGUGUGGAAAACGGAUGUUCAACUGCCAUGGUGGGGUAUGCUCUUUGCUUUUGGUUUAGCUUUUAUUGUAACCCUCCCGAUUGGUGUCAUCCAAGCAACUACCAAUCAGCAACCUGGAUAUGACAUUAUAGCACAGUUCAUGAUUGGGUAUAUCCUUCCAGGAAAACCAAUUGCAAACUUGCUCUUCAAAAUUUAUGGGAGAAUCAGCACUAUUCAUGCUCUCUCUUUCUUGUCAGAUCUCAAACUUGGUCACUACAUGAAAAUUCCUCCACGAUGCAUGUAUACCGCUCAGCUGGUGGGAACUCUAGUUGCUGGAGUAGUGAACCUUGCAGUGGCUUGGUGGAUGUUGGAUAGCAUUAAGGACAUAUGCAUGGAUGAUAACCUUCACCAUGACAGUCCUUGGACUUGCCCCAAAUACAGAGUGACAUUUGAUGCAUCUGUGAUAUGGGGUCUGAUUGGACCAAAGAGGCUAUUUGGGCCUGGUGGGCUGUACAGGAACCUUGUUUGGUUAUUCCUGAUUGGAGCUGUGUUGCCAGUUCCUGUUUGGGUAAUGAGCAAAAUGUUCCCAGACAAGAAAUGGAUACCUUUGAUAAACAUACCAGUUAUAUCUUAUGGCUUUGCUGGAAUGCCACCUGCCACUCCUGCCAAUAUUGCAAGCUGGCUAGUGACUGGAAUGAUCUUCAAUUACUUUGUGUUUCGUUACAACAAACGUUGGUGGCAGAAGUACAAUUAUGUUCUGUCCGCAGCACUGGAUGCGGGAACAGCUUUUAUGGGUGUACUAAUUUUCUUUGCCCUUCAAAAUGCGGGCCAUAAUCUCAAAUGGUGGGGGACUCAAUUGGACCAUUGCCCGUUGGCUACUUGCCCAACUGCACCGGGAAUUCAGGUUGAUGGCUGUCCGGUAUUCAAGUAGAAGAUCAAAGCAUAGCGGGUUUAGCUUUUUUUUUCUUUCUGGGGUGGGGACCGGGUUAGGCUUUGGGUAUAAGGUGAAUGGAAUAACAAAUUGCUUUGCUUUGCAAUUCUGUACAUGCUUGCUUGUUAUGAUGGAGGGUUUUCCUUUUUUUGACUUACUCAUGCGCCUUAUAACUGAUAUGCAGUUCAAUGGUGUAAUGGAGCAAAAUAUGACAUGACUGGAUUUCACCCUAUUAAAGUAAGGGAGUGAAUGUUAAAAGACCCAGGUAUAUUGAUAAUCGUUGAC